AGUGGUUUGGGCAGCAUGAAACAGCUGACAGGUUCCCUUUAGGGUGCUCUUACACAGGGCAGUUUUGAAACCAAAACCAGAUGUGGAUCAUAAUGAAUCAGAUAAUAUACAAAACAGAUGUUACUUUUACUCUAUUUUUUUUACAGCAGGAGUGGAUUAAAAAAUAAGAUCACAUUCUACUUUAUUUUAUUCUUUAUUAUAAUCUUCGCCUGAUUUUGGCUUCAAAGCUGCUACAAGAACUGCACUGUGUAAGCGCACCAUGAAGUCAGAAUGGCAGAACAGUUCCUCACACAUCACAGUUCAUCACUGGGGUCAUUAACCCGUCCUUAAACAAAGAGAUCUUCAAACUAGAAGUCCCAUUGAAUGUGGAUGUAUUUCCGGGGCCCCAGCUUCACCAUGUGGCCCCCUUGUUACACGAUUAUAGACAGUCUUGAUAAAUAAGUGAAUGUAGUAAAUGUUGUGUGAGGAGGCGGCUGUGGUCCUCAAUCUAUUCCCGGAGAGGCUCAGACCCCUCCCUGCCAUGUGCUGAGGUGGGCGGUGUAUGUGGAUGGUGUAAAGACCAUGGAGCCGGCUCUACUUCCUUGUUUCGGGCCUGGGUGACUUCGCUUCCUGGGCAGCUGCCAAUCACCAGCCGAGCACCAUGAAGAGACUUUGCCUUCUGGCCCUUCUCACAUAGGAAGUUGGGAAAGUGUUGUGUCCGAGUUCCCCGGAUUACCGUGUGAUGUCUCCGAUCAUGGGCUGACUGGGAGCACAAGGGCACUGGCAGUCCGCUCUUAAAGGGCACCGAGUGAUUUCCUGCCUGGGCUGGCCUUAUGACUGGACGGAGAGCUCAGCUGGGAUCCGCCAAGUGACUUACCCAGGCCCCCACACGGCUACACGGAAAGUUCUGCUCCGGGGCCCGGCCGCUGUGCCUAAGCGAGCAGGGGGAGGUGGAGCCGGGAUGUUCUCUCCUCUGUGUCCCCCGAUGCCGGGCCCUUCAGCGCUCACCCAGGCGCCCGGCCCGGCCCUCUCCACCUCCUCCUCGGCCGCCUCGUCAGUGUCCGGCCAGAGGCCCAGGGACCCCUCAGGGAGAAGACGGAGGAAGGACCGACAUAAGCGGAAGAGGCACCGGCUGCGGGAUCAGGAGGCACCGGCCCCCAGCAUGGGCCUAGUGGAGGAAGGAGAGGUCUCAGCUGGUCCCCAGGCAGGGAGGCGCCACCGGGGCCACAAGAAGCGGCAGAGAGAGCGCCACCGGGACAUGCUAAGGAGGGUCGGGGCGCUUGCCGCCAGCACCGUGGAGUAUGACGACGUCAGUUCCCUGUCCGAGGGGGCGCUGUCAGAGGGAGAGCGCGGCCCGGGGACUCUGUUCCCACCGGUGUUAGGACUAGGCCUCAUCCCGUCCCCGGAUAGAUGCCCUUCUACCCCCGGACUGCACCAGGCUCCGUUAUCUCUGCUACGCCAGGCCGCCAGUAACGCUGACCGGAGCGGCAGGAGGAAGCGAGGCUCCCGCCGGCAGGAGACGGCCCACCGACGCAGGGAGGACGCUCGCAGCUCUGCAGGCCGCACCGAUGACCGGAGGAGACGCCUAGGGAUAGGGAACCUGUUGCUCCCGGAGCCGCUGCUGCUCGCCCCGACCUGGAGGCCGCAAGAAGAGAAGAGACCGGAUCCCAGGCCCGCCGCCUCCUCCUUGUACAGGCCCAAGCGAGAGGAGGCCGCGGCGCACAACAAGCAGACGCCCAAGGCCUACAGAGGGGACCGGCCUCACCGGGCGGCUUCUCCCGGGACUCACCGCAAGAAAUCUGCCAGCCCGGCCCGCUCACCUAGCCCUGUCUACGGCGGGCACCGGGGAGGCCGCCGCUCACCUAACUAUGGCGGCUUUGACAGGACGGACAACUCCUCACCGCCUGCCCGGCGCCGCUCCCGCAGCCCGUACAGCCCGGUGACUAGGCGUAAUGCAAGAUCACGGAGCAGAAGUCCUUACAAGGCACGGCGCUCUCGUUCUCGAAGUCGCCAUAGAGUUUCGAGGUCCAGAAGCAGACAGUCUAGCAUUUCACCAAGUACUCUCACGCUAAAGAGCAGUUUAGCUGCAGAACUAAAUAAGAACAAAAAAGCUAGGGAAGCUGAGGCUGCCAGAGCCCUAGCAAAGGCUUCCAGCACUUCCACCCCUACCAAAGGGCAUUCAGAUGCUGCCAAUAAUGCCCAACAAGCAAACAAUUACAAGGAGCAAAAGAAAACAAAAGCGGACAGUGUUCAGUCUCCUACUGCAAAAAGUGACAAAGGUAGAGUAAAAGCAUCGGCCCAGACAUCAGCUGUGGAUAGUAACUCAAAUUCAGAUAAAGCAGCCAAGACAAGUGGAAAGCCAGUCAAGGUGGACAUUGUUAAGGAGGAUGCAUCAAGUCAAAAAGAGAAAAGUAAAGUCCAAAAGGCUGCAUCAGCAAGCACUGAGAAGGCGAAAAGUUUGGAGUCAUCGCCAGCAACUCUUUUAGGGCUACCUCUUCCCAUUAUCCUCUCCAGUGAUGCCAGUUUCAGAGGCUGUAUCCCAGGAAGGUCUGUCAAGAAGGAGAUGGAGCGAAAACUUCGACACUUGCUUUCGGACUUGCCUCUCCCAUCUAUCCUUCCUGGAAGUGGGGAUAUGUCUUGUAGCCCAGAGGGGAAGAAAAUGCAAUUGAAGAACAGAAAGAGGCCUAAGAUCUGUGGUCCUCGCUGUGGAGAAAUCCAUGAAAAUGAAAUAGACUGGGGCAAGCGUUGUGUGGACAAAUUUGAUAUUAUUGGAAUCAUUGGGGAAGGCACCUAUGGACAGGUGUACAAAGCCAGAGACAAAGACACUGGAGAAAUGGUGGCUUUAAAGAAAGUGCGUUUGGAUAAUGAGAAAGAAGGUUUCCCUAUCACAGCUAUACGGGAAAUUAAGAUUCUUCGACAGCUCACCCACCAGAGUAUUAUUAACAUGAAGGAGAUAGUCACAGACAAAGAGGAUGCAGUGGACUUUAAGAAAGAUAAAGGUGCGUUUUACCUGGUAUUUGAAUAUAUGGACCAUGAUCUGAUGGGCCUGCUUGAAUCGGGACUAGUGCAUUUCAAUGAACUUCACAUUAAAUCUUUCAUGAGGCAACUUAUGGAAGGUUUGGACUAUUGUCACAAGAAGAAUUUUUUGCACAGAGACAUUAAAUGCUCGAAUAUUCUACUUAACAACAGGGGGCAGAUCAAGCUUGCGGAUUUUGGACUUGCAAGACUGUACAGUUCAGAAGAAAGUCGGCCUUACACAAAUAAGGUUAUUACUCUAUGGUAUCGCCCUCCUGAGUUAUUGCUUGGAGAAGAACGGUAUACACCAGCUAUUGAUGUCUGGAGCUGUGGGUGUAUUCUUGGUGAGCUGUUUACAAAGAAACCAAUCUUUCAAGCAAAUCAAGAAUUGGCACAACUUGAACUUAUAAGCCGCAUGUGUGGAAGUCCGUGUCCUGCUGUAUGGCCUGAUGUGAUAAAGUUACCAUAUUUCAACACCAUGAAACCAAAGAAGCAAUAUCGACGAAAACUCAGAGAAGAGUUUGCUUUUGUACCCACUGCAGCAUUAGAUUUGUUUGAUCAUAUGCUAGCACUGGAUCCCAGCAAACGAUGUACGGCUGAACAGGCUCUGCAGUGCGAGUUCCUGCGGGAUGUGGACCCAUCGAAAAUGGCACCACCGGACCUUCCUCUUUGGCAAGAUUGCCAUGAGUUAUGGAGUAAGAAACGCAGAAGACAAAAACAAAUGGGGAUGGCUGAUGAUGCAACAGCACCAAAACUACCAAGGAAAGACUUAUCUGUGGGCCUGGACGAUAGCCGAAAUAGUACACCCCAGGGCAUACAGGCAUCUUCUCAAAAAACUCAGGGAUUUCCUGGGGUUGGAUUAGGUCACUCGAUAGCUGGACAGCAGCUGAAUCAGAAUCAAGUGGCUAUAUUGCUGAAUUUACUGCAGUCUCAACCCAGUGUCAGCAUGGCACAGUUUGCCCAGGUUAUGAACAUUAAGGUGAACCCUGAAACGCUGCAGCAGCUGAAUAAUCUAACUCUUCCAGCUGGUAUUCUAGGAUCAACGAAUAAACCGCCAGAACCUAAAGAAGAGCCUCCUGUUCCUUCUGCAGCAACUGUUCCUGAGCUGCUUUCCAUACCAUCAUUGACUUUACCUAAGACUACAGCAGAAGCAGCUCAGGCUACUAUUCAAAGUACCUUUGCUGUCUUGUCCCAGCUGUUAAAAGAACAGGAACUAAAACCAAACAUUGAGGUAGCACAGGUGGCUCCUGAGAAUAAGGCAGAUGAGGAUGCUGUAAAGCCCCGGCGGCCCCCCAGCCCUGCACCUGAUGUUGAAACCGCUAGUGAGGCCAACCUUGAGCAAACUCUUACAGAUCUACCAAAUGAACAAAACCUUCCUCACAUCUUGCCUCCAGAUCAGCGACCUCCUGAGCCACCAGAACCACCUCCUGUGGGUGAAGAAGACCUUGAUUACCGGAUAGAAAGGCAGCAGGUAGAACACGCCACCAUGUCUUCUGGUGACCCUCAUACACAAGUGAAGGAAGCACUCUUACAGAUUAUUGCUCAUCACCAGGCUCAGGAACAGGACGAAAUUGGUACAGAUUACACUGGGGGGGCAUCUUUUCUGAAGGCACCGGACUGCACUGAAAAUUUCAGACAAACUUUCCUGCCAGCCACAUAUAGCAGUGACAUGACCGCUCAUGUGCCUGGUGUUGCCGUUUUGGAAGGACAUCUUGAAAAUCAACCUAUUGACAACUACAGUACUUCAUCUCAGAUUAGUAACCGGCUCCCAGCACAUACGGCCUUUCCUGAGUCCUUUUGUAACUCUGCCACCACUUACAGGGACAGCUACCUCAGUACUGGCUCUAUGUUGUUCAGUGGUGACAAAGACCAUAGAUUUGAGUAUAAUCAAAGCCCUACAAUACUUUUGGGAAACAAUCUCUCUGCAGGGUUGGACAGUCGUAACUUGCCAACAAAAAUGCCUGAUUAUGGCUACAGCACUAAUGUACCUGAGCAUCUUGGUUUACCGUCUAUAAUGCACAGACCCGCAUGGGCAUCUCCUCACCAGGGUCCCCCCUUUUCUCAAGGACAUGGAGGACAUAUGGGCACCUAUGUCAGAGGUCGGGGGAGGGGUUUACCAUUCUAAUUUUUUCCCUCAGGCAAAAUAUUUCUAUCUGGAAUGACUUUUUACUUUUCAGCAUGGCUGCAUUUUACAGCAGCCGUAUUGUAGACUUGAUAAAGAAUUGGACAACAGCUUUAUUUUUAUGUAAAAAAAUAAAAUAAAAAAAUGGUCUUGCAAUACAGCAGUGGGAGGGAGGUAUGGGAAUAACUGCAAUUGAUUCUGCGUUUGAGAGCUAAUUUACACUUUGACAAAUACUAGCGUAAAUCUUUAUUUUGUACCUUCAUUUUUAGUUUGAUAUUCAUUUUAAGGACAUCCUCAUUAGUUUUGUCCCCUCGCACUUGCAGAAAUUUUGAAGAAUCCAGCACACUUGUGCUUAUUUUUUUGUACAUUUGGACCAAUGUUUUGGUAAUGCCAGGGCAGUGCUUUAAUUCCUUGAUAUCUGUUUCUUUGUACAAAACUACCUUUAGUCAAAGGUCACUGUCAGUUCUUUCACAGCUUUCUGUGUCAUUGUGAAACUUGUGCUCAUUUCAGACAGAAAAACAAAACACAUUUUUUCUUGUGAUGCAAACGUUUUAUCAACAGUUCUUUCUAACAAGCAUAAGGAAAUAAACGUUGAUUAAAACUCCUAUGAUUCUGAAGUCUGAUCUUAUGCAAAAUGUUUUACUGAGCUCAUACUUACACCAGAAACUUUAAGCAAAACAGGUGCCAAUUUUAAAAAGACGUUGACUAGCAACAUGAAAAAAUCUUUUGUGGCUAAGGGUGCAUUAACCCCUUAUUGAUUGCAUUUUUCAUUUUUUCCUCCCUGCUGCCUUAGAGCCAUAAUACUUUUAAUUUUCCACCUACAGACUUUCUGCUACCAAUUGUACUUUAGAAUGACAUCCUUCAUUUUACCACAAUCUACAGCAAAACAAAUAUAACAUUAUUUGUGGUAUGAAGUUCUACGCAGAAAUGUAAUUUUUUUAUGGUAAAAGGAUAUCUUCUGUAGGUUAAUAUGAUUACUAAGACAC